AUGUUGGCCAUAAAGUUCGACAACCAUGUACAAAUUAUACAGGCUAUUGUCGAGCACAAUUACUACGCUACUGUGGUGGCCAGAUUUAACCGUAUGACCCUAUUGACCCGGCUAUUGGCUGCACAAUUUGUCGUGGUGUUUGUGUUCAUACUAUUAUUGUUUAUCAUGUGCUCCCGCGUAUCGACCGCCGCUCAGAGGCCAUACCCGACACUAUUGGCAUAUAUGACAACCGCGGGGCCGACCCUAUCAGUCCGCCAUAGGCUUACGAUCGACACAUUCAUUCAGCAACUGUCGGGCCCUGACAUCGGAUACUAUUGCUAUGACUUGUUUCCUAUGAAUAGCUACGAGUUCCCGGUUAUCAUAUUGGCCCUUGGCACGGCAUCAAGUGCCAUUACCCUACCGGUGAUCAUAGAGUCGAUGGAAAAGAAUGUAAAACUACCGGAAAGUGUGACCCGUUUUGUGUUACCCCUGGGUAUGAAUGUCCACAUGAAUGGGUUCGCGAUGUACUACCCGAUGGUCAUCCUAUUUGUGGCACAAAUGCAUGGCAUGGAUGUCGGUGUGCAGCAUAUGGUUAUACUAACGUACGUUCUGUACUUGGUCAAUUAA